UCGAUCCAGGCUCGCUCCGACAAUCUAUUCACACCUUAUCGACGAUAACUGGCCAGGUCGACUACCUAGUCUUGAGACAAGCGUUUCCUUAUGUCGUUAACGCAAGAUAACUGCAUCACAUCAAAUGGCGACAUUGAGCCGGACAUUGACUAUACCGACAUCGUUGCCACGCAAGGCGCCUAUUUAAUUCAUCGCAGAUGCACACCUGUAUUUGAGAAGCCAUAUGAUAGAGAGUUCGCUACUAAGCUCGAAAUACGCCUGCAGGCCCUUGAAAUCAGACUUGAAUGGAGAAGGGCGAUGUACCGUGACAGUACGGACGAGUGGCCAAUUAGACACACGCCACCGGAGGUCAAGGAGUAUUACAGAGCGAAAAUGAUAGCGCUAGAAGAACAAGAUGAUUCUAGUGAAGAUGAUAGCGGCGAUAACGUCGGCGAAGAAGUUGUAAACGUGAAGGAGAGCUACUCGCUCGCCAAAAUGCCAUCAUACCAAGAAGACAGUCCAUACUGUGAAGAGGAAGGAAAGACACCUAAUCAGUCGUUUGCAAUGAAAGAGUCGUCCCAAGCAGGUUGGCGUGCGACACCACGGUCCCACGGGACCCCUCUCGCCCCUUCACACGUAGAUGACGAGUCGAAGCGCCAACAGGAGAAAACUAGAAAGCCUGAGUUGAGCACAAGAAAGAAUGACGACACCUCCAUCAAUUCCUAUGGCUCGAAGGCACUUAGGACUAUGGGAGACGUCGAUCCGCCAUAUCUCAAUCGACAAAAGCGGAAAAGGAAUUUUGGCGAGGAUGAUAACGAAGAUGGAAGAGUGCCACCAAACAAGAUCGCGAAGCACCAGACCCUUCCAUGACACAGUAUUACUGCGCAAAGCCCAUCUCCGCUCAGCGUAUUUGAAUGAUGACCGAACAACAGGAGCCCUCGUCCUACAUCUAUAAAUUCAUUCACUGCAUGAAAGAGGAUCGAGAUAUCAGAUCGUCAUUGCAUGAAACUACGACUUGGGUAUGGAAUCAUUUCUGCUCACCCUAACAGCAUC